AUGAUGAUCAUUGGAUUCAACUUUACCAAGAGAUAUUUCACCUUCCCUCAUCAUCACAGUGAUCCAACUCAACCUAAGCUUCUUCCUAAUGGAGAACUACAUCCAUUCGACUAUCAGCCACCCAAUGCUAAGGACAAGCACAAGCCAUACAUUCUUCAUCAAGUUUGA